CGGUGAAAGGCGCCAAAAGGUUUUGCCGCGAAAAGCGAAAAGGAAAAGACAGACUAAAAGGAAGGCCAGAGAAUCGCACCCAAAGCACGCUUUUCACGCAUUUAAAAUAAUCCAAAGCUAAAUUAGGAAAAUCAGUAAUUCUCACAGCAGCUGUCUGUGAAUUAUGGCCUGCAAGCGGCUGAUGCUCGAUGAUGAGGAACAAGAUGAUGGUUUUAGCUUCGAUUUGGAGAAUCAGGAGAAUAUUCCGACCAAUAAUAUGGCGAAACGUCGCAAGGGGCUGCUGGAGACGCCACUGCAGCGCAUGCUCAAGCGGCACAUUCCCGCCAAUUCGGCCACCGCACUGUCGCCGAUCACCGAGCUGUCGUACAAUAUGCGCGGCGCCCGUCUGAAUGAGUGCGCCAGUGGCACACCCAAGUCCACCAACACCCUACGAACCUUCAAUAGCAUCAAUAGCAUAGCCUCUAGCUACGAUUCGGGCAACUCCCUGGACGACGAGUACCUGCACAUGUUCGAAUUGGACCAGAGAGAUGCUGUUGGCCAUGAUUUGCCUGUGGGUUUGCCCGACGAUCUGGAGCAACUGAUUACUGGCCAGCUGAAGACGGACCACAUCUCGGAGAGCAGCAGCGAACCAAAGGCCCGCUCGGCACGUCGCUGCCUGAGCAUGCUGCCCAGUGACCCGGCGGAAGAGGACUCCAAUGGUAGCAGCGUGUCUGUGCUUAGCCACAAGACGUCACCCAGCGCCACCCGCAUGCUGCUGCGCAAGUCCGUGUCCAUGAACGAUGCCGACAUUCUCACAGCCCUGGGCGACGAGCCCGAAUUGAUUGGGGAUCUGAGCAAACCAUGUGCCCUGCCCUGCCUGAUCGCUGGUACCCGUCAUCGGGACUUGAAGACCAUUUCGUGUGAUACCCUGGCGCGCCUGAUCAAUGGGGAUUUCGGCGAGCAGCUGGGCAACGACUGCUACCAGAUCAUCGACUGUCGCUAUCCGUACGAGUACGAGGGCGGGCACAUACGCGGCGCCCAGAAUCUGUACACUCGGGCCCUCAUCAAGGAGGCCUUUCCGGCUGCCGCAUUGAAGCCUGUGCCAGGACAGCGCUACAUCUACAUCUUUCACUGUGAGUUCUCGUCGGAGCGUGGACCGAAGCUGUUGCGCUUCCUGCGCAGCAACGAUCGCAGCCAGCACACGCACAACUAUCCGGCCCUGGACUAUCCGGAGCUGUAUCUGCUGCACAACGGCUACAAGGAGUUCUUCAAUCUCCAUGCGAAUCUCUGCGAACCCCGCGGCUAUGUGCCCAUGCUGGCGCCCGCCUACAACGAGGAAUUCCGCCACUUUCGGGCCAAGACCAAGUCGUGGCAGUGCGGCGAUGGCGACGGCGCUGACAGUGGCAUUGGCGGCGGCGGCAGUACCGGAUCCCGUACCCUGCGCAAAUCACGUUCCCGCUUGCUUUACGCCGAGUAAGCGGCGCCCAUCCUCAUCCACCUCUCCAUAAUAAUUAUUCUAAAACAAAAUUAAUCGCUAGGAUUGAAAGGACGCAAAUUUAUAGUUUCGUUUCGUUUCGUUGAUUUUUGUUCAAAUGUUGAGUUUUUCCCUUUAAGAUUUAAUGUUUAUUCGUAUUUCGAUUUCUAGUUGAGAGUUUUAUACAUAGAAAAACCCCACACCAACCAAAAAAAAGAAAAGAAAUGUUCUCUAGUCAGUGAAAGUGAAAAUUUCGAAUUGAUUUAGUUUAUUGUUUGUGUUCGGCAUUUUAAAGUUUAGUUGCAAAAUAUAUAUUUGUAUUUCGUGUUUAAUUUUAGUUUUAAUCCAAUAUAUUUGUAAAUCAAAUG